AUCCAAGGCAUGCCCUAUGGGAACUGCCUACUUCUCAGCGAUGGCCCUGUCAAUAACAGCACUGGAAUCCCUUUCUUUUACGUGUCGCCGAAAGAUAACACUGUGGCGGAUCUCCUGAAGAAUCCUGUGGCUUCUCUGACCCUGCCAGAGGCAGACGGAAAUUUCUGCAGAAAAAAUGUAAUUGACCCGGAGGAUCCAAGGUGCGCCAGGCUGACUCUCACGGGACAGAUGGUCACGGUGCCUCCGGAGGAAGUGGAAUUUGCCAAGCAAGCAAUCUUUUCCAGGCACCCGGUGGUAAGAAAAUGGCCCCGUAGCUAUGAAUGGUUCUUCAUGAAAAUGAACAUUGAGCACGUCUGGUUUCAAAGCUGGUAUGGAGAAGCUUCUGCCAUUGUAGUAGAAGAAUAUUUAAAAGCAGUUCCAA